UUGUUGCGAUGAAUAAUAUACAAAAUAAGAGACCGCUCUGUGCAAAUAUAACUUGAAAUACGAGGCAAUAAUAAGGCCGAGCGAGAUGAUGCAUUGCGAUCGAUAAUUCGCACGAGUUUUGCAACUCGAAUACGACAGGCGAGUGAAUGGGGUGAAUGGCGGUAGUUUCGUGGUAAACUAACAGUGGUAUGUAAGUAAGUGCGACAGAGCAAUACACGCACACACACACAGAGAAUUUGAUCCGGAGCAAAAAGUUGUUGACGGAAAAAAAGGCAAGUUACAUUGGAGGAAAAUAAAAAUGUCUGAACACAAAUGAAAGUAAGUAAGCGGUUCUCUCUGACGUUCACUCGGGUUUUCACCUGGGCGUUGUCCUCGUAAAUUUAUCGCGUUUCACUUUCGCUUUUAACGACGAUGGACGAUGACAGUGCAAGGUUAGCUACGGAGAGUUAUGAGGUGGUUAAAGCCUUGUACGACUUCAAGGCCACAUUCGCGAAGACUCUCAGCUUCCGGGAAGGUGAACACUUUCUUCUGCUGCAGCGCAACAUCAAACAAAAAAAUUGGUGGCAAGUUGUAAAUAGAGGAGGACGUCUGGGCUAUAUACCAUCCAAUUAUGUUACUCCUGUAAAGGUGCAGCCACAAUUCUUGAUUGGAUUUUUAGAAGACUGUAUAAUAACUUUGGAAACUGAAGAUAAUAGACAAGGUGACUCCUUGCAUUCUGACAAGCAAGAUCUUCUAGCAAAAUUAAUAGAAAAGAAGAAACUAAUCGAACUAGGUAUAAAGACUAAAAGACCAGCGCCUAAACCGCCAGAUUUUAAAUCUAAUGUUCAAUCGAAAGAAACGUAUUUGACAACUGUCAACGAUAAUGUAGAUGUUAGAUCGGCGCCGAGCAAUACUUCCUACGCAACAGCACAAACUACUCUUCAUGGCAAUACAAAUGCAGAUAUAAGCAAUCAUGCGAUUACACAGUGCCAAAGGUCGGGAGGAAAUGAGCAGCGCGUGCAAUCGCUUCCUCGCCAAUCGUCGUCGGAUAUUGUGCAGAAAGUUCCGACGCAGAUAAUCGAAGUGCGUAAAAGCGCUUCACAAGGUAGUAUACAAACAAUACAUAGUAACUCUCCGGUUAAGACCAACUCACCAGUCAAGAGCAACUCCUCGCCAACCAAGAGCUCGCCAGCUAAGAGCAAUUCCUCGUUAUUACAAGCCAUUAACCCGCGAAGUGCUUAUCAAUUGCUUGACCAAGUGCGUAAAAAUACUCAGCUUAGUCACGAAAUGUCGAAGGUAGCGGUUACAGUUGUAGUAGCUAGUCUGCAGCAACUGCUGCCGGAAAGUGUAAGUCACUAUUUUGAUGCUUUGCUGCAUCAGCUACAAACACCGCUGACCGUGUCAAAAAUUAGUAUAGAGGAAACUUACGAUGCUAAUAGGUUGAAAAUUAUUUUCAACGAAUUGACUUCGUGCAAGGAAGAUUCACAGCAGAGGAGUUGGAUGCUCUACGAGGAUGAGGCUGUCAUUGUAGAUUAUAUCAAAGAAUUGACCGAAAUACUGACCAAUGCUGACGCAAAUGUGUCAAAAUAUGUUUUGAGACAAGAUCGAUAUAACGGGGUAACAAUAUUAAUACAGUAUUAUCAAAUGGAGACAAGAUGGACCAUUAGACAACUAUUGUUACAAUCGUUCGGUGUUAUGUGCAGUUUGGAUCCUAUGGUUCUAACUAUAAUGUUAAAUAGUAUUUUACCAAUGGAAUUAGCAAGAGACAUGAAGAGCAAUCCUAGAAAUGUGCAGAGAUUGAAAUAUUCUUCUGUGCUGCUUACAAUGAUAUUUUCAAUGGGUGAACCUAUGCCAGUUACGCAUUUGGAGCAACUUGGUACAGACUUUAUAUCGUUUCUUCUGGACUUGAUAGAAACACCACCCGAUACAGAUUUAGAAGAUCAAAUCCCAGACUUGUUCGUAAAUUUAAUAUUAUCCUACAAUCUGCAAUUUGCGUCUUCUGAAAAUAUAGUUCUUAAUGCCUUACGUGAGCGGACUGUGGCCAAGACUUUCACUGAAAAAAUUUUAUUCCUUUUUAACAGAGAAGAGGAUCCGGUGCGCAUAUUUGAUCACAAACCACAACCGCCGCACUCUGUGUUGAAACUUUUUAUCGAUUUGUUCAGUAACGAUGCCAUAGCAAGUUUGUUUUACACCAACGAUGUAAAAGUUCUUAUUGAUAUUAUACUGAGGCAGCUUUUUGACAUGUUUCCCGGUGAUAAGCGUAGACAAUAUUUAGAACUCUGUCGUCGAGUUCUACGCACAACGAGUUACAACGAGCAUCGUCAUCGAUCUGAGGAUUUGCUAAAAUGUUUCACAAGGAUAUUUUGCGAAGAAACGACAGAGAGCCAAGAAGAUCAGCAGGUAGUACGCGAAAUUAGCAAUGAGUUUCCACGCUUCUUCCAAAUGUGACAUUUAAUUUCAUCCUCUAACCCGGAUUUAGAGGAAGAUGAUUUGCAAACUCUCGUCUAAACAAUUCUAUUUUGAAGUAAAAGAGCAGAAUCACACAAAAUUUUCUUAAUCCUCUUUCGGCUUGUUUAUAUAUAUAUUUUUUUUUUUUUUUUUUUUUUAGCGAAGAAGAUAGUAAGACGCACACAAUUUAUGAAAGAUUAAUGAUAUAUAUAUAUAUAUAUUUUAUGACUGCCAUAAAAAUGUCUUCAUUUGGUUGGUGCUAUAAAACACAUCAUUCGUAUAGGUAAAAUCAUAAAUCACAAUUUAGUGUAAAGGACGUCUAAAGUUAUUCAUUAUUAUAUACUAUGAUAGUAUAAAAAACGAUAAGUCCUAUCCAUUUUAUCAUAUGAGGACCAUUAAUAUAGAAAAAAACAUUCCAUUGGCGUAAGUUGUAUAAUCAGUAGGCAAAGGUCGACAGAGAGGCGACAAAGAUAGGAAAAAGAAAGCGGGAUAGGAAGAAAGAAGGAGAAAUUUCCAUUAGAAGAGAGAAACACUGCACACACAUUGUAUUGUUUUUGUUUUUGAUCAAACUACGCAGGAUAUUUGUUAACACAACAAUGAGCAAUUAUUUAAAAAAAAAAAAAGAUCUAAAAGAAGACUUUUUAAGAAUCAAAUUUAUAAAUUUUUUAAUCAGUUGUAGAAAUUAAUUUAUAUGACGAAGUUAAGACAAUGCUUAUAUAUCGUAUGAUUAUGUGUGUGUAGUGACAAACAUGACAUGAGAUCUUCAGUAUCAAUUCGAAGUUUGUCCGUGUUAUUUUUGUCGACCCGUAAGUUUAUUGUUAUAAUAGAGUAAUUGAAAAAAAAAAAAAAAAAAACUGAAGUAACUUAUUACAUACACAGAUAAAAUUUAUAAUAUAAAUAUAGAUAUUCGUCUGUGUGUCUCUCUCUAUAUUGUUAAAAAUGGAGAAGUUAAUUGAAAUUACAAGUAAAAUUUCUCCGUGAAAAAAUAUAGUCUAGUCCACACAUCUCUAUGUAUGUUAGAACAAGAUAUUCUCUCUCUAAGUCAUAGAAAUUAAAUUCUAACUUAAUAUAUAUAUAUAUAGUUUACUUUUUGAAGAGAGAUAUAAAAUAUACUUUGUCUAAAACACAGUGCCGUUUUUAUUUAGCGUAUUUUCUGAUUAUAAUAAAUAAAAUCUUGAAUAUAUAAAUUCCUUGAGAAGAGAAUUACUCAUAAGACUUUAUACUAGGUGCCACUGCGAUCAGUGAACUUGCUAGUCUAUAAUUAGUGACUAUAUAUUUUUUUAAGCAUGUUACAUUCUACGUUAUGUUUGCAACUAUCGACAUGUCAAUUAUAUAGAAAUCUCGAAUUUAUUGUGAUUAUAAUGUUAAAUAAAUUAAAAGUUUAGCUUACGUGGGGUCUU